UACAUUGACAGCAGAACGGGAUCAGGAGGAUGAUGAGUAGGACUCAGCUGUGGCUGCUGGCCUCUCUGGCCUUUGCCUCUCAGACUUUUCAGGCUGAUGGAUCUCCAUUGAAGGUGAUGUCUGCCCCCAACUUGUUGCGUGUAGGAACAGCAGAAAACAUCUUUGUGGAGUGUCAAGACUGCACCGGAGGAGACAUAAAGGUCGAUAUCAGCGUGAUGAACUAUCCAUCCAAGGAAAAAAGGCUGGUAACCACAUCUGUGACCCUUACCAGUGGAGAACACUUCCAGGGAUUUGGACAAAUAACGAUUCCUGCAGGAGACUUCAACAGGGAUCCAACCUUGAAGCAGCGUGUCUACCUGCAAGCUCAAUUCCCUGACCGCCUGCUUGAGAAAGUCGUCUUAGUGUCCUUCCAGUCCGGCUACAUCUUCAUCCAGACUGACAAGACCCUCUACACCCCAAACAGUAUAGUUCAUUUCAGGAUGUUUGCAGUAACACCACGCAUGGAGCCUGUGGAGAGGGACACCGUAACCCAAGCUGAUACUACCAUAGCCAUCGAGAUUGUGACUCCUGAAGACAUCAUUUUCCCUCUUGACAGUGUCUCUCUGAAAUCGGGAAUCCACUCUGGAAGUUAUCAACUUGGUGAAAUUGUCAGUCUCGGGCUUUGGAAAGUGGUGGCCAGGUUUCACAGCAACCCACAGCAAAGCUACUCUGCAGAAUUUGAGGUCAAAGAAUACGUGCUGCCCAGUUUUGAGGUGAAAGUGAUACCUACGAGCUCCUUCUUCUACGUGGACAGUCCACAGCUCACCAUGGACAUUAAAGCUACGUAUCUGUUUGGUGAAGAGGUGGAUGGGACAGCCUUCGUGGUAUUUGGUGUUGUGCAUGAGGGUCAAAAGAAGAGUUUUCCCGACUCCAUUCAGAAAGUGCAGAUCCAGGACGGUGAAGGAGUGAUCGUACUGAAGAGGGAGCACAUCACACAGACCUUUGACAUCAACGUCCUGGUGGGGAGUUCCAUUUUUGUAUCUGUCAGUGUGCUGACGGAGAACGGUGGUGAAAUGGUGGAGGCAGAGUUGAGAGGUAUCCAGAUUGUCACAUCACCUUAUACUAUCCACUUCAGGAGAACGCCCAAAUAUUUCAAACCAGGAAUGUCCUUCGAUGUUGCGGUUGAAGUUAUGAAUCCAGAUGAAACUCCAGCAAAAGGUAUUGCGGUGGUGCUGGAGCCAGGCGCUGUGAAGGGUUUCACUGCAGCCAACGGCAUGGCAAAGGUUACCAUCAAUACAGUGGCAGGACUCUCAAGUCUGCUUAUCACUGCAAAGACCAAUGAUCCUGAUAUUUCACGUGAAAGACAAGCAUCAGCCACCAUGACAGCUCUCCCAUAUAAAACUAAGAGCAACAACUACAUCCACAUAGGUGUGGAUACAGCAGAGCUGGAAUUAGGAGACAAUCUGAAAAUCAACCUCAACCUCAACAGGCAGUUAAAUAAUCAACAAACUGAUAUCACAUACCUGAUCCUGAGCAGAGGUCAGCUGGUGAAACAUGGCCAUUACAGGAAUAGAGGCCAAGUACUGAUUUCCCUGAUAGUUCCCAUCACCAAAGACAUGCUGCCAUCGUUCCGCAUCAUAGCCUACUACCAUACAAAUGACAAUGAAGUGGUUUCAGACUCUGUUUGGGUGGAUGUCAAGGACUCCUGCAUGGGCUCGCUGACGUUGGAAUCAUCAAGACCUGCUGUGUCCUAUGAGCCUCGCAGGAUGUUUGGUCUGAAAGUCACUGGAGAUCCAGAGGCCACAGUGGGACUGGUGGCAGUUGACAAAGGCGUCUAUGUCCUGAAUAACAAGCACCGCCUCACCCAGAAAAAGAUCUGGGACAUUGUAGAGAAGUCCGACACAGGCUGCACCCCAGGUGGAGGGAAGGACAAUAUGGGUGUGUUCUUCGAUGCUGGGCUGUUGUUUGAGUCGAGCACUGCUUCUGGGACUCCCUACAGACAAGAAUUGAAGUGUCCCACAGUGGCCAACAGGAGGAAACGAGCCAAUACUCUAAUGAACGUCACAACCAGCUUAUUGAGUCGGUAUACAAAUGAACUACAACGUGACUGUUGUUUGGAUGGCAUGAGGGAUACACUUCUUUCAUACAACUGUGAGAGGCGGAGUGAGUACAUCUUGGAUGGUGCAACCUGUAUCGAGGCCUUCCUGCACUGCUGCAAGACGAUGCAAAGUCAGCGAGCUGAAAAGAAUGAGGAAGAACUCCAACUGGCUCGCAGUGAAGAUGAUGACAGUUACAUGGACAGCAAUGACAUUGUUUCUCGCACCAAGUUCCCUGAAAGUUGGCUGUGGACCGACGUCAAACUGCCUGCUUGCCCUCAACAAACACCCAACUGUGAGUCCACAUCACUUGUGAAAAAUGUUCCUUUGCAAGACUCAAUCACAACCUGGCAGUUCACUGGCAUUAGUCUGUCAAAAACUCAUGGUAUCUGUGUUGGUGAUUCAUUAGAAGUAAUUGUCCGCAAGGACUUCUUUAUUGACCUCAGACUGCCCUAUUCUGCUGUCCGUGGAGAGCAGCUGGAAAUUAAGGCAAUCCUUCACAAUUACAGCCCUGACCUUGUCACUGUGCGUGUGGAUCUUCUUGAGGAGGAGCAUGUGUGCAGUGCAGCUUCAAAACGUGCAAGGUAUCGUCAGGAGGUCAGAGUCGGGCCUGAAACCACACGAUCUGUACCCUUCAUCGUUAUUCCCAUGAGGGAAGGACAAUUCCGCAUUGAGGUCAAAGCAGCUGUUAAAGACUCGUCGCUCAGUGAUGGAAUCAUGAAGAUGCUGCGGGUGGUGCCUGAAGGUGUACUGGUUAAAAGUCCAAAAAUUAUAACUCUAGACCCCACCAAUAAAGGUGUAGCUGGUAAACAAGAAGAAAUUGUGAACAGUGGAAUUCAAAAUAAAGAUUUGGUGCCCAACACACCUACAAGCACACAGAUCUCUGUGACAGGGAGGGAACAAGUAGGUGCACUGGUGGAGGAAGCCAUCAAUGGGAAAUCAAUGGCUAGUAUGAUCUACCAGCCAUCAGGCUGUGGAGAGCAGAACAUGUUCCACAUGACCAUGCCUGUCAUUGCAACCAUAUAUUUGGACAAAACCAAUCAGUGGGAAACUGUGGGCAUUGCGAAACGGAACGAAGCCCUCGAACACAUCAAGACCGGCUACCGGAACGAGCUUGCCUACCGUAAAAAAGAUGGAUCUUUUUCUGCAUUUCCCCAUCGCCAAAGUAGCACCUGGCUGACGGCCUAUGUGGCCAAGGUGUUUGCCAUGGCCAACAGUCUGGUUGCAGUGGAAAGGAGCGUGAUCUGUGAUGCUGUCAAGUAUGUGAUUCUCAAUGCCCAGCAACCUGACGGCUUGUUUCGAGAAAUCGGGGGUUUGAUUCACGGAGAGAUGAUGGGUAAUGUGCGUGGCAAAGAUUCAGAUGCCUCCAUGACAGCCUUCUGCCUCAUCGCCAUGCAGGAGUCACGCACACUGUGUGCUGCCACUGUUAAUAGUCUGCCAGGCAGUGUAGACAAAGCAGUGGCCUACCUGGAGAAGCGUUUGCCUUCCCUCACCAAUCCAUAUGCUGUUGCCAUGACAUCGUAUGCCCUGGCCAAUGAAAACAAACUGAACCUAGGCAUCCUGUACCAGUUUGUUUCUCCAGAUUUCUCCCACUGGCCUGUACCAGGAGGACAUGUUUACACAAUGGAGGCCACAGCUUACGCUCUUCUUGCUCUGGUCAAAGAGAAGGCCUUUGAAAAAGCCAGACCUAUUGUGAGAUGGUUCAACCAAAACCAGAAGGUGGGCAGAGGCUUUGGAUCAACUCAGGCUACUAUAAUAGUGUACCAGGCUAUAGCAGAGUACUGGUCCAGUGCCAAAGAACCAGAUUAUGAUCUGAAUGUGGACAUCUUGUUGCCAGGCAGGUCAAAGCCUGACAAAUACAACUUCAACAGGGAUAACCAUUAUGCCACAAGAACAUCUAAAAUCAACGAUAUAAACCAGGAUGUGAAAGUGACUGCCACGGGCACAGGAGAAGCAACAGUGACAAUGGUGUCGCUGUAUUACGCUCUGCCUAAAGAGAAGGAGAGCGACUGCCAGAAGUUUAACCUGUCAGUGGAGCUCAUCCCAGUGAAAAUGAAUGAGGAGGAGAAGAUAUACAAGCUGAGAAUACAGUUUUUAUAUAAGGACAAGGAUCGUGAUGCAGCUAUGUCAAUCUUGGAUAUUGGCUUGCUAACUGGCUUCACUGUGAACACAAAUGAUCUGAACUUAUUGUCCAAAGGCCGUGCCCGCACCAUUGCAAGGUAUGAGAUGAACAAAGCCCUGUCAGAGAGAGGCUCGCUCAUUAUUUACCUGGACAAGGUUUCUCACACACAAACAGAAGAGAUCGCUUUUAGAAUCCACCAGACGCUGAAAGUGGGCGUCUUACAACCAGCAGCUGUGUCUAUCUAUGAAUAUUAUGACCAAACACAUUGUAUGAAAUUCUACCAUCCAGAGAGGAGAGGUGGAGAGCUACUGAGACUCUGUAGAAAUGAUGAAUGCACAUGUGCUGAAGAGAACUGCAGUAUGCAGAAGAAAGGCAAAAUCAGUAAUGACCUGCGCAUAGCAAAAUCUUGUGAGAGUACUCCGACCAGCAAAAUAGAUUUUGUGUACAAACUGAGACUGGAAGAAUAUAGAGAUGGUGUGUCCACUGACAUUUACACAAUGCGGGUACUGGAAGUCAUCAAAGAAGGAGGUUUUGAUGUGGGUCCUCAGGAUAAAUUGCGUACAUUCCUCAGUUAUCCGCACUGCAGGGAGGCUUUAGGUCUGAGAAAAGGCAAAACCUACCUUAUCAUGGGCGAGUCCAAAGAUAUUCACAGAGACGACCAAGAUCAAUCGUAUCAGUAUGUGCUUGGUGAGAAAACCUGGAUCGAGUACUGGCCCAUAGAGGCAGAGUGUCAAACUGGGGAAUACAGACUUACUUGUUUGGGCUUGGAUGAGAUGGUCCAGCAGUACGCACUUUUUGGAUGCAAUCAGUGAUGAAGCUCAAGGAAAUAAAAUGUAGUUUUUAAAUCUUUUUUUUCCAUUAUCCUUGUGUAAAACUUUCACAGCUCUGAGACGGAUUAAAAAGUAACAGUGUUACACUCUUGAUUAAAAUGUAAUGGUCUUAAUCUCA